AAUUUUCCUCACUGCAAUGAGGUGAAGCACUUCGUCGAUGAGUUAAUGCAUAGAUUUCUGCUCUGCUGCUGUGUGUGAUUUUAGCGGGGCUAGACAAACUCUCGGGCCAAGAUGAUGAGAACCUGAUGCACGAGGCCUCAAACAACCGCCAGGAACCAAGCACAGACAUCGUCUCAUCUCGAUUACUCAGAUGUAUGGCUGACCUUUCCACCAGUAUCGAGAACGAGCAGCUGCGCUGGUCCUGCGUGCACGUCAUUCAAUGGCGAAUGUAGCAGUCAAGAUUCGUGAGCUUGCGAGCCUCGUCCUUCGUUAAAUAUGGAGUGGAUUCUCAUGCCUUCGUGUUCGUUGAACUGGCCACAACUGAUCCUGCUCUGCUGCCGAAGAGGUCGAUGGUCGGUCCUUGAUUUCAGUCCAACCGAGUUCUAACUGCAAGGCUGCUCUCGCGAUUCUGGGCUCCAGCUCACUGCACACCACCAAUGCUUUCCUGUCCCCUCGUGCAUCUGUCGCAAAAGGCCAAUUCCGGUGGUGCCAAUCCGGACGCUCGUGUCUCUUGCAGAUGACACGAUCUCGAUGGAGAGAGGCUCGCCGUCGGGUGCUCAUGGCACCGAUGGUGCGGCCAGGCCGUUAGAGGAACUCGGCGGUGACUAAUGUCGCGACAUCGCUGCAAUCGUUCGGGUUCGACGUAACGCGACCCCGAGGGGUUUCGCUCGGCCGAGCAUCGAGCGCUAGGUCAACAUUUCGGUCAGAUCCUGAAGAACUCGCAAUUUCUCGUUCGAGGAAAAUUUCGAGAAAGCAUCGGGUGGACGAUGCGAUGCAGAUGCAUGGUCUCGUGGUUCUCCGACAAGAUGAGGGUUUGAUCCCGUGAUCCAACUGCAACAGAAUCGAGCACCUUUGGCAGGAGAAAAUGUCCACGCCGACGAUGAUGAAAGAGAAUGCGGACGCUGCGGCGGCAGCGGCCGAUCGCAUCAAGACUGCGACUCUGAACGCGGCGAAAGGCAUGAGUCGCGCGCAGGCGGAGAGAGCUGCGGCGGCGGCAGCGAGAAAUGUGAACGCGUACGGGCAGAAGGAAGAGGGCCCGAGUCGAUGGCAGGAGCGCAAGGAGGCUAAGCGACAAAUGUACCUGAUGAGCACCGAGAAGGCGGUGAAGCUCGGCGUGAGAAAGGAUCACAAGUCUUUAGGUCACCGAAUCGGAGGCGUGAUGGAUCAGCAAUGCCAGAAAUGCCUGGAGAUCGGGCAUUGGACAUUCGACUGCAAGAACGAGCGGGUCUACGUGUCUCGACCAUCACGGACUCAGCAGCUGAAAAACCCGAAGCUCCGACCUCGACCGACGGUGCUGGGAAAUUCUGCUCCGGAGGGAGAGCCCGAAGCAGAAACCAUGGACUCCAGAAAGUCUCCUCUGAGGAGAUCUGACAUGCGGAGUAGGAAGAGGAGAAGAUCGAAGAACAAUGAUUCUCCUGAGAGUAGCGACGACAGCGAUGACGAUGACGGUGACGGUAACACUCCUCCGUCGUCGUCGGAGGAACCUUCUUCCAGCGAGCCGAGCACAUCCGGAACUUUCUCCAGCAGCACACAUUCGACACCGUCGCGCACCUCGAGCAGCUCGAAGAAGAGUACCGACAGUUCUGUCAGCAUUCCCACUCCCGAGUCGGAGUCCGACGAGCGCCCGGAGCCCAAAAAGCGCAGUAGCGGAUCGGAAGAGGAGUACAGAGGUCUGAGCACGGAAGGUGCCCGCAGGAGAGGGCGCAUGAAGAUCAGACACGCCAUGAGAAACCUCAACGCCAAAUCCACGAAGAAACAACGAAGAAAACGAAGAAGAUUCAGAAAGAAAUGAGUGCAUGGCCUUCUGCAUGGCCUCGAAAUCCAAGCUCAGAUAUGCACUCACUUCUACCAUCUCCUCCACGAGAUUGCGCAAUUUUUCGACAUGGACAUCAACCGUGUAUGAGAAUUAAUUCGUGUUCCUAACCUGGAGAGAAUCUGGAGUGUUCAAAGUCUUUUGAACUCCUCGAAACGAUGGUAACUACAAUGGAAGACAGUGCCAUAAGAAGAUCGGCCUCUCUGCCCAGUACACGAGUGUAAGAGACGAGUGGAAUGCACUUUGUGCACGGUUGCACGAUCAGCGAAUGCCUGAGCUUAAAGCAAAUAUGCAACGGACGUCAUCUGAACCUUAACUCUAUGCAUGAUCCAUUAUAUCCUCACAUUCCUCUAUUUGGAAGGGGAAACCAAGUGAAAUAACAAAAAGGUCGAAUAUUGGUACCUA